CACCAUGACACCAUAGCACCACAUCACUACAUCACCAUAACACCACAUCCCCACAACCACUUCGCAGCCACUGCGUGAACCACCGCGCCUUUCUUUAUCCACCAUGGGCAUGAGUACUCCUGCUGAGAGCUCUCCUACAGAAGCUCAUCUUAACGAUUUGGCUAUGCGUACUGUCCUCGAAGAUUCUGGCGGUUUCAUAAUGGUCAAAAUCCCAGAUUUUGAGACACUAUCGGAAUCCGAGAGGAUAACUAUUUUCAAAAAAGCACAAGAACUACAGAGGAAAAAGCCUUUCGGCGCUGAUAAUCUCGCAUCAAGACUUCGGGAUUUAACACCGCCGAUAGACUCGGAGGAGGAGCUCGAGGAGGCUCGCGUCCUAGAGUUCCGAGCGCGGAAAGAACUGGAAGACGAUGGCUGUCCUCCCUGCUACCCGCCCGACCUCGAUUUUCCCUUGCGAAACCCUCCUAAGAAAUAUCAGGCGAUAAUACAGUACUGGAAAUCGGUUAGCGAUGUGGUGCUUUGCUACCAAAAAUUGGACUGGGAGAAAUUCCGCAGGCUUCAGGCGAUGGUCCGCUGUCGAAACCGGCCCUUCAGCAAAUUUGUGGACGAGGUUCGCGAACGUCGACAAAGGCAUGGACUGGGUGGCGAUGUCCGCCUUCUCUUGGAUCUAGAGCGACAAAGUCGGCUAGACAAUUGGAUAGAGUUUCAGAACCGCCAUCUUAAACGCCUUGAGCAGUUUGAAAAGGAACGAGACAGGUUAAAGCAAGAGUUGGAUGAUGCUCAAAAAUUGGCUGGCGACAGGAACACCACACGUCCCAAAGUCGGACCAACGCGCGCAGAAGCCCUCAAGCGACGUCUGGAGGUAACUGAACGAGACCUGAAAUGGCACCACGUUCUACUGCACUGGAUCGAGCAGCGGCGACUAGCGAUGGAUCCAGGGCAUCCGACACCCAUUAAAGAAGAUUAUGAGGAUCAGGAUGCCGCACCAAAGGCCGUCCGAAGGACCUCCACUCGUGGACGCCCGAUCAAGCAAAUAAACGGCCCUUCGGUCCUCGGCCAGGUCAGGGUCACGAAGCCUAAGUCGAAGGAGCGGAACACACGGAACAUGCAGACCCAGAAGCCCAAGGCUCCAGGACUCGAGCCUCCUAUCCAGAACUUAGACGUCAUCUUGCAGAGCAGCACUUCACAGGCGUCGAAGCGUCCCGAGACAAAGUCUCGGCAUACUAAGAUUGAUAGGCCACUCCGCCAAAUUCACCCACAGAGUGUGUCUAAGGCAAGUCGGUUCGCCGGUAUCAGGGUGAAAUCACCAUUAGGCCCACGACGCCGUGGUGCCGAGAAAACCCAAUCUCCAGACCUAGCACGCCGGCCGACGCCACAGCGAGCGCAGUCCGCACCUACCACCACACGAAGCGGACGGAUAUCAAGGCCGCCAACAAAACGGGCUCCUGGGAGCGGGGCUUUCGCUACGACUCCCCCCAUACUGCCGUGAUCGAGAUUCACGGCGUAGGGGUGGGACCCUUGGGUGAACACAUCGUAGUUGUACUUCUGCUGGGGCUCAACAGCCAUGCGACGGACGGCGGGAGCGCCAUCUGUCUCGGCGUUCUGACGUACGGCGUUGAGGGAGCCGAAGAGGUCGCUAAGUGCCAACCUGGUGAGGACGUUCGUGGGUGUCAGAGUGGCAUAGACGAAACCCUCCAUUUUGGCGACGCGUAGGCUCAGGUACCCUGACAGAAUUCGUGAGACUGCUGCAGAUUAAGUCAGCCUCUUCAUGACCAUAUACGACAACGCAACGUAAUUUUAUUUUUUUCCCUGAAAGUUGGUGUGCAUUUAGAGAAUUACCUCCUAAUAUAUACUGCCAAGUUUUGAAUUAUUUAGUUGACGUUGUGGCACACGGGCCAUAUUAAAGCGUCCC